AUGCCUCUCAUCCACCGCCAAACCACCGCCGGCGGCGUAGUUGUGGUCCCUGCUACCUACGGCGGCUACUCCAACCUCAGCCCCGGUGCCAUAGCCGGCAUCACUCUUGGCGCCGUUGCCGGCUUCCUGCUCAUUCUCUGGAUGGUGUACACUUGCCUCAACUUCGGCCGACCGGUCGACACCUCGUCGUCCUCGGUGUACACCAGCACGGCCUCCGCCAUCUCCGCGCGCCCCUCCAAGAACCGGCAUCGUCACCAUAAACACCGUAGCCCUCGAGCGAGAGUGAUUGCGACGGAGGAGGUGCGGGUCAGGGAGAGAGGAAGCCUCAGCAGGCCGCCGGGUCCGGUCAUCGUUGAAGCCGAGCCGCCGAUGAUGCAGGAGCGCAGAGCGAGCCGGCCGCCGCCGCCGAGGGUCGUGACGGACGACGAGGACGACGAGGUGGUUGUGAUUGAAGAACAUACGCCCGAGAGGAGGCGCCGGCGGCACAGCAGCUCACGGAGGCACAGCCACCGAGGCGAGAGCCGGCGCCGGAGCCGGGACUACUGA